AUGGUGCGAAUGAAUGUUCUGGCAGAUGCUCUAAAGAGCAUCAACAAAGCAGACAAACGCCAGGUCCUCAUCAGGCCGUGUUCCAAAGUCAUCGUUCGGUUCCUAACUGUGAUGAUGAAGCAUGGCUACAUUGGUGAAUUCGAGAUCACUGAUGAUUACGGAGCUGGGAAGAUCAUUGUGAACAUCACAGGAAGGCUGAACAAGUGUGGAGUUAUAAGCCCUAGAUUUGAUGUUCAACUCAAAGACCUAGAGGAAUGGCAGAACAAUCUGCUCCCAUCACGGCAAUUUGGUUUCUUUGUGCUGACAACCUCAGCUGGCAUCAUGGACCGUGAAGAGGCAAGACAAAAAUAUACAGGAGGGAAAAUCCUGCGAUUCUUUUUUUAAAUGUAAAGCAUAAAUAAAAAGCCUCUGUGGACUGUGAAAAAAAAAA